AUGGCAGCUCAACAUCAACCAUCACCAUGGUAUGCACAUAUUGUUAAUUUUCUGGUUUCUGGAAAAACUCCAGACCAGUGGGAUAAGAAUAGAAAACAUCAUUUCUUUUCUAAGAUUAGAAAUUAUUUUUGGCAUGAUCCUGAUUUAUAUUACUUGGGCAAUGAUCAAAUUUUAAGGAGAUGUGUUCCUGAAGAAGAAUAUCAUAACAUUAUUAACAUGUGCCAUUCAUCUAACUGUGGAGGACAUUUCUCUGGACGAAAAAUAGCUGCAAAAAAUUUUCAGUGUGGUUUUUAUUAGCCUACAAUCAUUAGAGAUUCUAUAGAAUUUAGUAGAACAUGUAUUUCAUGCCAAUCUAUAGGUAACAUGAGUAAAAAAGAUGAAAUGCCCAUGAGUAACAUGUUAGUAGUCAAAAAUUUUGAUGUAUGGGGAAUAGAUUUCAUGGGUCCCUUCCCAUCAGCUGAAAAAUAUGAAUAUAUUUUGCUUGUUGUUGAUUAUGUGUCUAAGUGGGUGGAAGCUAUUCCUACUAGAACUAAUGAUGGAGGAACACAUUUUAUAAAUAAACAUUUCAGGGAACUGUUGAAAAAGAAUGGAGUACACCAUAAAGUAGCCACUCCAUAUCAUCCCCAAACAAAUGGGCAAGCUGAAGUAGCAAAUAGGGAAAUUCAGAGAAUUUUGAAAAAAAUAGUUAAACCAGAUAGGAAAGAUUAGCCCAUGAAAUUACAAGAUGCAUUAUGGGCUUAUUGAACAGCUUAUAAAAAUCCCAUAGGUAUGUCCUCAUUUCGUCUGAUUUUUGGAAUGCCAUGUCAUCUUCUUGUGGAAAUAGAGCAUAAAGCAUUAUGGGCUAUAAAAAAUUUAUGUAUGGAUGAAAAAUCAGCUGGUGGGCAUAGAAUUUUUUAGCUACAUGAACUAGAGGAGUUGAGGAAUGAAGCUUAUGAAAAUCAUAGAAUAUAUAAAGAAAAAACUAAAACUUUUCAUGAUAAAUACAUUAGUAGAAAAAAAAUUAAUGUUGGACAAAAAGUGUGGUUAUAUGAUUCUAAGCUGAAAUUAUUCCCAGGAAAAUUAAAAUCAAAAUGGAAAGGGCCUUAUGUGGUGGAAGAGACAUAUGAUCAUGGGGCUGUAACGAUUAAAGAUCCUAAAAGUGAUCAUAACUUUAAGGUAAAUGGACAGCGGCUUAAACAUUACAUAGAACAUGAACGCCUUGCAGAAAAAGAAAUUUUAUUAUUAAAAGAAAUUCAAGAGUAAGAUCAAGGAGUCCAACUGGAGACAUUAAAUGCAGCGCUGCAUGGGAGGCAACCCAUGGUUUUUAUUUCAUUCUAUUUGAAUUUUUUUUUAAGCUCUAUUUUUCUUAUAAUUCCGCAGUACUUGUUUCUGUAUUUGUUUUUUCGAAAAAGUGCAGGAGGAGGAGUGUAAGAUGAAGUGGAAAAUUAAAAACGAGGUUGAGGUGAUGUCUUUCUGAGCUUUAUCAUUUAUGACAACAUUUUUAAUGCUUAACUUUACAUAUAUGCAUGCUUCACUUGAAAAUUAUAUUUUCUGCAUAUUUUGUUUCGAGUUUUCUGUGUCAUUGAGGACAAUGUCAUUUUUAAGUUGGGGGGUGAAGUAUUCAUUAUUAAUUUAUGCUAUAGGACGAUUAAGAACAUGUGUUUGCAUUAGAACAGCAACUGAAAAAAUAAAAAAUAAAAUAAAAUUUGGAAAAACUGCAACAUCUAUUUUCUGGUUUUUUGUCAGGAACAAUAGACUGUCAAAAAUAGCAGACCAAAAACAGCCCGAAAUUUGAAAUUCUAGAGACCCUUUUCUCACAUUUCAAUCCCCUAGACAUAUAUUACUGAAAUUCGAAAUUAGAGCUAUAAAACGGAUAGUUUUGAUUUAUUUUUGACAAAUUUAUUGUUACUAAAAACAGAACUGAAAAUAGAAAUCAAAACUGUCAGAACUAUCUAAUUUAAAAAUUUCUUACAUCAUAUUGCAUGUAUGAAAAAUUAAAUCAAUUAGAUUAAUUGAUACCAAAAGAUACUAGGAAGAUUAUUAUUGAGUCAAAAGAAUGAUCUAGUAGCAUGAAAUGUUGGAAUACUCCUUGGAUACAUGAUAGAUAACAUGGAUUUGAUUUUACAGAUUUUCACUUCAUGAUCUUGAUGGAUAGUAUUUACUUGAUGUGAAAAUUUGAUUGAUCAUUUGAGUUUAAUGGAGAUUUUUGCAUCUUGAUCUAUAGGACUUGUGAGGAGAAAUCACUUAUUUCGAAAAAAAAAAGAGAGAGAGCAAUGUGAAAAAUCUAGAAAUGAAGAGUACACAUGGAGGGUGUGAGACAUCAUUCUCAUUGUCGAAAAUCGUGUAUAGAAAAACACUUGCUGCAAAAUAAGUGGAUAAAGUGAAAGCCCUGAAAAUUAAGAGUACACAUGGAGGGUGUGAGACAUCAUUCUCAUUGUCGAAAUUUGUCUACAGGAAAAGAUACUUAUCCACUAUAAAAGAAGGAAGAAAUAUAGUGCAAACUUCAAAAAUCAAGCCAUAGAAAAAGGGAAAUGUAGGAUCAAUAUUAUUCUUGAAUGAUUAUUGAUAAUUGGAACAUCUUGUAAAUAUGUCUAUGAGUGAAGAAGUGAUAAAGAUGUGAAUAAAAGAAGUGAAGUCUAGAUUGUUAUUCCAAGGAGUGCUUAAACAUUUAAGUGCUUGAGAUCAUUCUUAAAGACUUGAUAUAAGAGUCCAAAGUGUCUAAAGGUGCAUCAUUUCUAAUUGUAUUUUUAUUUUUUUUGUAUUAAAAUAUGAUGUUUGAGAUUUGUAAAUUUUUAUUUUCGUAAUUCCAUUGCUAAGGGACUAGCAAUGAUUUAAGUUGGGGGGUGUGAUAAGUCUUCAUUAUCAUGAGUUAAUAAUUAGUAAAUAAUAUAGUUUUAGCUUUAACUCAUGAUAAAUAGACUUAUAUUUGUGUUAAAGUGUGAAAAGUGGUUUUCAAUUGAUGAAUGUGAAUUUUUAGGUAAUUAUGUGAUUUUACAUGAAUUUAUAUGAUUUUUACAGUCUUGCUUUUGAGAUAAAUGAAGAAAAAGAAAUAAAAAUAAGACAAAAUGAGUGGGGACCCGCCGGCCAGCUGGGCCCGCAAGUAGGUCAGAAGCUUAGUCGGGGAGUAGCCGCGAGCAGGGGCUCGAGCGGCUUGGACCAAUAGGGGCACGUGUGCACCACUCCCCUUCCACGUCAUCGGUGGCCAGCCGGCUGUGGGGCAAGGAGUGGUCGUACACGCGAGAGAAGGAACUUUACUUAGAAAGCUAACAUUACUAUAUAUUCGCCCAAAAAAUCGGCGCACAGCCGAUGUGGGACUAAACCCGCGUCACACCUUCCUCAAAAGGGGCGGACAACCGGCGUGGGUUCGAAUCCUCCCAGAGUCAAAAUUCAUAUAUUUUUAUCUGAUUAUCGUGACUUUCCUGCAGAUCGCCGGUGAAGGAUUAAGCAACGAGAAUCGCUGGAUCAUUGGCGAAAAUCUCGUCAACGCGAUUCGCGGAGCAUUGCUACUAAAAUUGUUGAACGAUUCGCGAUAAAAGGAUCGCGAAUCCAUUGAGUAAAUCAUCUCCGAUUGAUCGACGAACAAGCCGUCGUCGGGAAGAAGACAAUCCGCCGGGAGACGAGUCACCACCUCCCCGAUUGAGCUUCUGACCCGCUUGCAGGCCCGGCUGGCCGGCGGGUCCCCACUCAUUUUGUCUUAUUUUUAUUUCUUUUUCUUCAUUUAUCUCAAAAGCAAGACUAUAAAAAUCAUAUAAAUUCAUGUAAAAUCACAUAAUUACCUAAACAUUCACAUUCAUCAACUGAAAACCACUUUUCACACUUUAACACAAAUAUAAGUCUAUUUAUCAUGAGUUAAGGCUAAAACUAUAUUAUUUACUAAUUAUUAACUCAUGAUAAUGAAGACUUAUCAGCGGACCUGAGGAUGAAGCUCCUUGACACACGCCCCACCUCCAUCUAGCUCCUCUCCGUCGAGUGACAGCCACCGGAGAGCCACGAAGUCGCCAUUUUUCUACUUUGCCAGGUGACAGCCGCCGGAGACGAUUCAACGACCCAUUUCAUUAAUCUCUAGACUUCGCGAGAAGAUCUAGAGAUUGCCCACGUCGUCCUUGUCCAAAGAGAGCCUUCGAGGCUGUGGACACUGCACGACGAUCCUCCCGAACGCUCAAGAUUCCGGUGCAUCGCCGACGCAUCACCGUCGCGACACUGGAACUCUGUUUUCUUGCUUUUAACUUACUUUACGCUUCAUUUAGUGAUAAAUUUUCUGAUUUUAAUUUACCAAAAUAUACUUUGUUCUAUUACGAUUCUUUCGGCUUUUACAGAUCUUAAUUUGAUUAAUUAAAUCGUCUGUAAUCACUUACGUAAGAAUCGCCAGCGGAACUCUAUUUCUGCCCGAUUUGCAUUCACCGGGCGCUGAUGUCAUCCUGACGUCUGCACCCUUAUUUCCUUUUUUCGUAAAUUUUAAAUAUAUUUCCUUUUCAUUUCUUAGUAUAAAAUUCACAUAAAAUAGUAUUCUCUGAGGAAAAUUUUGAAUAAUUACCAGAUAUUAUAUUACAUCCCUGUGAUCGACCUGGAAAAUUACCGCUAUUUUUUGAACUUUUAUUGAAUUAUAAUUGAUAUAUUUAUUCAGAAAUACUUCUAGAUAUCUGAAAAUUUGUAUUUUCUAGUUUUAUAAAUUUUAUAUUUGCGUGAUUUAAUAUACAACGACUAAGUCACGUCACUAUCCAUUUACCUUAAAGUUAUGGUCACUUUUAGGAUCUUUAAUCAUUACAGCCCCAUGAUCAUAUGUCUCUUCCACCACAUAAGGCCCUGUCCAUUUUGAUUUUAAUUUUCUUGGGAAUAAUUUCAGGCUAGAAUCAUAUAACCAUACUUUUUGUCCAACAUCAAAUUUUUUUCUACUAAUGUAUUAAGUAAUCUUUUUAUUUCAAAAAAAGACUCAACAUUUCUCAUCAAAAUUAAAAGGCCCAUCUUUAGAUAAUAACAUGGUGAGAGGUUUAGAAAUUUUCAAAAACUCUUGAAUAAAUUUUCUAUAAUAACCUGCAUGACCCAAGAAAGAUUGAAUCUGUUUUAUUGAAUUUGGAGGUUUCAUUUUAGAUAUAAUAUCGAUUUUUGCUCUAUCCACCUCUAAACCCCUUUCACUCACAAUAUGAUCCAACACAACUCCCUCUCUAACCAUAAAAUGUGAUUUAUCUCAACUCAAAACUAUUUUUUUUUCAAUGCAUUUCUCAAGUACAUGCUGUAAAUGAUUUAAGCAUUCAUCAAAUGAUUCACCAAAAAUAGAAAAAUCGUCCAUAAAAAUUUCCAAUUAUUUUCUAGUCAUAUUAGAAAAAAUAGACAGCAUACAUCUUUGAAAUGUGGCUGGAGCAUUACACAAACGAAAAGGCAUGCAUUUAAAAGCAAAAGUACCAAAUAG